CACCUUCAGAACCACAAAAGAAUCCACACUGGAGAGAAGCCGUAUUGCUGUACAGAGUGUGGCAAACAAUUCCGUCUCAGUAGUUACCUUCUGACCCACAAAAGAAUUCACACAGGAGAGAAGCCGUAUUGCUGUACAGAGUGUGGCAAAGAAUUCCGUCACAGGAAUGGUCUUUGGAGCCACAAAAAAAUUCACACUGGAGAGAAGCCUUUUUUGCUGUUUGGAAUGUGGCAAAAAGUUUUUAUCAAGAAGCCUUCUUCAGACCCACAAAAAAAUUCACACAGGAGAGAUGCCAUUUUCCUGUACAGAGUGUGGCAAAAAAUUCCUUGUCAAUGGUCAUCUUCAGAGCCACAAAAGAAUUCACACAGGAGAGAAGCCACAUUGCUGCACAGAGUGUGGCAAACAAUUCCGUAUCAGGAGUCUGCUUCUGAGACACACAAGAAUUCACACAGGUGAGAAGCCGUAUUGCUGUACAGAGUGUGGCAAAGAAUUCCGUCACAGGAAUGGUCUUUGGAGCCACAAAAAAAUUCACACUGGAGAGAAGCCUUUUUGCUGUUUGGAAUGUGGCAAACAAUUUGUUUCCAGGAUUUCUCUUCAGAGCCACAAAAGAAUUCACACAGGAGAAAAGCCUUAUUGCUGUACAGAAUGUGGCAAAGAAUUCCGUCACAGUAGUAGUCUUCGGAACCACAAAAGGAUUCACACCGGAGAGAAGCCUUUUUGUUGUUUGGAAUGUGGCAAAAAGCUUUCAUCAAGAGGCCUUCUUCAGAUCCACAAAAGAAUUCACACAGGAGAGAAGCCAUAUUCCUGUACAGAGUGUGGCAAACAAUUCCGUGGCAGGGAUCAUCUUCUGAAACACAGAAUAAUUCACACAGGGGAGAAGUCAUAUUGCUGUACAGAGUGUGGCAAACAAUUCCAUUAUAGGAGUCAUCUUCUGAGCCACAAAAGAAUUCAUACCAGAGAGAAGCCUUUUUGCUGUUUGAAAUGUGGCAAACAAUUAUGUUCCAGGAUAUCUCUUGAGAUCCAUGAAAGAAUUCACACAGGAGAGAAGCCAUAUUGCUGUACAGAGUGUGGCAAAGAAUUCCGUCACUUGAGUGGUCUUGUGAGGCACAAAAGAAUUCACACCAGCGAGAAGCUUUUUUGCUGUUUGGAAUGUGGCAAACAAUUUGGUUCCAGGAGAUCUCUUCAGAGCCACAAUAGAAUUCACACAGGAGAAAAGCCAUAUUCCUGUACAGAGUGUGGCAAACAGUUCCGUGGCAGGGAUCAUCUUCUGAAACACAAAAUAAUUCACACAGGCGAGAAGUCAUAUUGUUGCACAGAGUGUGGCAAACAAUUCCGUAACAGGAGUCAUCUUCUGAGACACAAAAGAAUUCACACUGGAGAGAAGCCUUUUUUCUGUUUGGAAUGUGGCAAACAAUUAGGUUCCAGGAUAUCUCUUGAGAUCCACAAAAGAAUUCACACAGGAGAGAAGCCAUAUUGCUGUACAGAGUGUGGCAAAGAAUUCCGACACAGGAGUGGUCUUGUGAGGCACAAAAGAAUUCACACUGGCGAGAAACCUUUUUACUGUUUGGAAUGUGGCAAACAAUUUAGUUCCAAGAGAUCUCUUCAGAGCCACAAAAGAAUUCACACAGGAUAGAAGCUAUAUUGUUGUUCUGAUUGUUGGAAAUAAUUCUGUGUCAAGAUUUUGCACAGGCUCAAACAAAUUCACACUGAAUGUUUCAGACUAGUCCAUUAAAAUUGUACUGUUCACAGCCACGCAAGAAUUCACAUUGGAAAUGUGCUGUAUUGCUGUUCGGAAUGUGACAAAUAAUUUUGUCAGCGCCAUCAUCUUCCAAGCCUCCAAAAUAAUUUUUAAUGGUAAAACCUAAAAACACAAAAGGAAAUGGAAUGGCCUGAGAAACCUCUCUUAGAUCAGCUGCUAACUGAGAGACCACAGGUGCAGACGCCAUACCAAACUUCUGUCUUAGGCAAAGUACAGCACUGCAGUGGGAUAUGGCUGACUGUAGAAAUGUGUUACAAUCAAUGCGGAACCCACAGUUGACACCAAAAUGGCUCACAACAGGAACAACUCUCUGACUUUUAAAAUCAGAUCAAUGCAAACAACCCAAAACACAUCACCUCAUAACCUGCCUCUCUGCCAUGUAUAAACUCUUUACAGCAGCACUUGUUAAACUAUGGGCCACAACCCAAACUGGGUCAUGGACAUGUUUUUUCUCGGUUGCUGGAUAGCCAAGUUAGUCCAAGCACAAAUUAUGCACACAAUCCUCUAUUUAGCAUACAAAAUAAAAACAUUGUUUCUAUGACACGAAAAAAAAAAAUGCCUUGCACCGCCACUCUUGACACAAUCAAACUGAGAUGACUGGCAAGCAAAGACACAUUUAAAAAAAGGGGCGAGAGGACAGAAUGACUGGUGAGAUUAGCGCUGCAGUUCCCUUCACUGCACAUUUAGGAAUUUUGAAGAGAAAUGAAGUGAUGUGGUACAAGAAUGUGACGAUUUUCAACAAAGGGCGAGUGAAUAGGAUCAGGGUACGAGUGUUGUAUUCUAAAAUCUGUUGCAGUGGCCAUGGUUGAUAGAUCAUCGUGUGCUCGCCAUUCAGCAAUACACUGAAUCAAAAUCUGUAGCAGGAGGUGCAAUGAAGAUUCUGCUUUCAGUUAAAUGUGCCUUGGGGAUGAAGAUUAGAAUACCAUCUCAUCACAGCAUUCUAAAGGGCUUCGAUAAAUCAGUCUAUUGGUAACGUAAAAGACCUGUUUGGACCACUGAGAACAAUAAGAAAAUAUGAAAACAUCAAAACAAGGUGGGGACAUUCAGCAUGAUGUCAGCCUGCAGCAUUAAACAUUUAAAAUGCGACCUUUCACCAUUUUUUUUUUGUUCUUUAUUUCGCCUUAUACAAUUUCUUGUAUUAGGAAUUUGUUAGUUUUCGCAUACCCCUUGGGGUCAGAGCGUAGGGUCAGCCAUUGUACAGCGCCCCUGGAGCAAUUACAGGUUAAGGGCCUUGCUCAAGGGCCCAGCAGAGCAGGAUCUCUUUUGGCAGUGAUGGGGAUUCGAACCGGCAACCU